UCAAGUUUUCUGUGUCCUAUUCUCUUCUCUAUCCUCCUUAUGUCAGGCAAUAUCUUUGAUAACUAUUGUCAGGUAUGGGAAGUGGACGAGACAAGAGUUGAAGAUGAGUUGCUGGAGAGCUCUAUUUUCUCCAUUGAUGUUCAUGCUUCCUUCACCUACCCGAACCAAGAUUGCGACGACGAGGAAGACGACCUUGACAUCGAGUGUUACGACAGUGUAACUAUACGAAGGACUCACGAGGUGCAAUUCGAUUACAUGAAUAGCGAUCCUCGUUCUGCCAUUCGCGACAUGCUUGUUUCCAUGCACGUGCCGGUCGAGGACUUCAUGAUCGCUGAAAUAUCAAAAUGUGCUGGUCGCAUGUCAACCAAAGACUGUUACAAGAACCGAAAGGUUUUGAGGAUGUGUGUGAGUAUUGAUGUUAUGGUUGGUGAAUUGCCAUUUCCUAUUGAUAAGCCUACGACGACGCCUGCGAGUAAGGAAGCAAUCCGAAGGUUGGAGAAGGUGGUGAUUGAAAAUCCCAUGGCUUGUGCAAUUUGCUUGGAUGAUCUCUCGAUCGGUUCUGAAGCCAAACGGAUGCCUUGCUCACAUUUAUUCCAUGGCCGUUGCAUUGUUCAUUGGCUAGGGAUGAGUAAGUUUUGUCCAAUUUGUCGAUUUGAGAUGCCCAGUUGAUUAUAAUUAGGACUGUGUAAGAGUGAUGUUUUCUUUGAUUUACUUGUGUGACUGUUAUAUUUCCAUUUCCUUCCUGGGAUUGUCAAUCAUUUCAUGAUUAUGUAUAAAUUCUUGUUUGGAUUAAACCAUAUUUGAAGGAA